AUGGAGAGAGAAACCCUAGAAAAACUUCUGUCAAGAUCGGUUAAAACAAUCGAACCGAAGAUUGCAGAAGCCAUCAUCGAUUUCCAUGAGAUUUUAAACAGAUUCAAACAUAUCGAUGAUUUGAUUAAGCUGGCGAAAGCGGUCGACUCUUCGAAGAUAGAGCAUCUAGGAGCGCUUUUGUCGACGUUGCUGAACCGAAAGUUCGACGAAGACACCGGAAACGUCUGGAAAAUCCUGAGCCACGGCUACAAUGUCAACUCCAUCGCCGACGCGUGUGAAAAGAGGCUGUCCAAGGAAACAGAAUCCAUGUUGGCUUGCAAAGAAUUCCUGGAGAUCCGACCCGAAGCCUUGGCUCGUUUCUUGACCUUCGAGGAGAUGGAUAUCGACUCCGAAUUUAUUCUGGUCCAGGCCAGCGUCAGAUACGUCUGGUCCAAUGGAACGUGCGAUGAACGCGUGAGGCAUUUAUUUAAAAAAUACGCCCUUCCGCACCUCCGUCUGCUGACCCUGAGUUAUAAAGAGCUGCUCGAGGUCAGACACUUUCUUACCCUAGACCAAUCCUUGUUCCUGCACGACAACUUGCAAAAGGAGCCUCUUUUGACCGCCGAGGACCUUCCUGAAAUCGCGAAGAGCUUGUCCUUGAGCAAAAAGCACAGGUCUCCCAAUUGUGAGAUGUACACCAUGACCUUCGUGCCUGAGGAAGACGUUCUGCCUCUGACGACCGUCAUCAAAGAGGGAUUGUUCUCCGUGCUGCCGUGGGAGGAAAGCAUGUUUGUGCUGGCGUUUGGCGCCACCACCAAACUCAACGUCAAGCGAGUCGAAGUCUUCUGUCCUUUGGACUUCAGAGUAGAAAGCGACCUCCUGGAUGAAAAUCUCAUGGAGAACUUGAGAGAAAGGGAACUCGACUACGAUUCUAUAAGAACCUCUCAGAUGACGGUCAAGGUCAAAAUCAGGCAUCAGGGAAAGCUCGAAGUCAUCACUCUGCGAAAUCCAAUAAAGGAAGACAUCUAUUGGGCUUCAUUCGACGUGAACGUCGUGGUGCCUGCAACGGCCAGGGUGAAGGUGAAGGUAUCUUACAAAGGCAGGGUUGCCCUGCGCUACAUCGAGAGCAAUGUGAACCUCAUGGUCAAAGAAAAUGAUCGCUGCGUCAGAGAGCUGUUCGACAACGUUGAGCUGGAUCAGUUCUACAAGGACGGAGAGAACGGCUUCAGAUGGGCCAGGAAGGACGCCAUCACCGUCUUCAAGGACAUCCACGUCUGUCCUUGCGACAAACCUGACUUGUUUGAUCCAGUCGAAACGAUUGUCUACUGAUUUUUAGCAUUGCCCCACCGAGAAAAAAGUGCAGAAUUUCUCG